AUGGGUCGAAACCCUUUCAAUGGAUCGGCCGACGGCUCCUCUUCCAACUUCGACCGCCUCGUCGCGGAUGCAAUGAACUACUGGCACGCGCCAGGACUCGCUGUAGCCAUUGUAGACGAUAAGGAUAUUGUCUCCAAAGGCUAUGGUGUUACACGACUCAAGAACGAUGACCAAAGUGACGAAAACGAGAUGGAGGAAGUGCCUGUCACGCCGGAGACGCUUUUUGAUAUUGCAAGCAUGUCCAAGAGCUUCACAGCCGCGGCGAUGGCAUUGCUGGUCGAAGACGAAGAGCUGAAGGAUGUGAGCUGGCGGACGCCAGUAUCGAAACUUUGCAGCGACUUUGUGUUUGAGAAUGAGUUCGCGACGGAGAAUCUCAGCGUAGAGGAUAUCUUGAGCCAUCGGAGCGGGCUUCCGGGGCACGAUGAAUUUCUCCGUAGUAUUCGUCACAACACACCAGACACUCCCGCCUCCCUCACGCGCAACCUGCGCAAUCUUCCCUUCACCCGCCCCAUCCGAACCGAGUGGCAGUACAGCAACACGCUCUACACAGCAGCAGCCCAUCUCGUCGAGACCUUAUCGCACACCGACUUCGAAAACUUGCUUCGCUCCAGGUUCUGGACGCCUCUUGACAUGCGCCGUACCUAUCUUGGCCUUGAGCGAGUCCCAGCUUCGGAGAGCAACCACGUCGCUCAUGGUUACGUAUGGCUUCGCGAGAAAGCGCAAUACAAGCCUCUGCCGCACUAUCCCGAGCCUGAAGGCAUGGGCGCAGGCUCCAUUAUCUCCAACGUAGAAGACGUCGCGCGGUGGAUCCGUGCAUUCAUUCACCGUGCGCCUCCGUUAUCCGACGCGUCGUACACGGAGCUCGCAACGCCGCGCAUUUUGGAAUCUAAGACGAAGGUCCCGCGGCUUAGCCCCACAUUCUACGCUCUCGGCUGGGAAGUGUCGUACUACCACGGCCAUGCCAUCAUCCAGCACGGCGGCCUCUGGGCCGGUUUCUCUUCGCUCAUGCUCUACAUCCCGAGUAAAGAAUGGGGAUUCGUGAUGAUGGGGAACACAUAUAGCGCUGGGGAAGCCAUCGCCGACCUGCAGUGGUACCUGGUUGAUGAGGUGCUUGGAAUACCGGCUGCGGAGCGGUUCGACUGGCGUUCACAUCUUCAAAAGGCCGAUGAUGAUGGUUCGAAGGCAGACUCGAAAGAAGAUUUGUAUCCGGAGCUGCGAGAGCGCGAGGGCCCUUCUUCGACUGAUCAGCCAGAUCUUGAGCCGUUUGCGGGCACGUAUCGAAACAAGGGCUAUCAUGAGAUCGUGCUGAAGUAUAAUUCAGCCCAGCGGCGUCUGGAAGUGGAUUGCUCAGAUCGCUCCUUCCAGUUCCGCCUUGCGAUAAAGGAACACGCGUACGAGCACUGGUUCGUAGCCGACAUGAUAUAUGUUGAAACGGAAGAUAAGAGGACCAUGCGAUGCAAGUUCGAAUGUAACGAAGAGGGGGAAUGUCAGAAAGUCGGAUUGGGAAUUUGCGAGGAGUUGGAUGGUUUGAUAUGGUUUGAGAAGGUGGCUGCACAGGAGUAG